CGACGGGAGAGAUGAAGAAAAGCGUGGGAAGUGGAAAUCGAACCCGGAGAUGCAUAACAGAAAAGUUUCUGGAAACGCGGUUACAAUUUCCAGUGGCUUCUUCCCCUCCAAACCAGCCGUCACCGAAAUCGCCAAUUUUCAAUGCCAGCAGCAGGCGCAAGAGGGCGGCCGUCGCUGCCGGAGGAGGAGCCUCAGCCUCUGUUGCGGCGGCGAUCAUGGAAUCCCCCAAAAGUAACGCUUUAGCUUCGAUUCCUGAUCUCAAGCACCUCGCCUCCUCUCGUCUCCGCGAUCUCAAGCUCCACGUCGACAGAUCCCACUCUGAGAUCCUCAAGGAUUUUGAUUCCUCUCAAUCUCGCCUCCACAAGCGAUUCAAGAUCCAGAGCCAGGCAUGCCAACAAGUGUUGGAUGAAGCAGAUAAGGAAAACAAGAAGAUGACCCAAAGGAUUACCGAAAGUCGGGAAGCAAUGGCGGCUUCAUAUGCAGAGUUCAUGGCAGAUGCACAGACCACCGCUUCUCGUGCUUGCAAAACAUCAAUCGCUGAGCUUUCGCAGUCCUUUGAGAAACAAAUCGAUGCUCUUCGCAGCCGUUAUGGCAUGUCAACAAAUUAGCAAUCAAUUGUCCUUGCAAUAUGAUCUACUGAAAACCUUAGGCAUGUAUAGUGGUGACGAUAGCAAUCGAGACUCCAACGGAUCUUGAACAAGAACGACUGAUUGGAUCAAAAGGGAUUUGAAACCAUAGCUUGUAGUGGUUUCAUUACUAAACAGAAAACUGCAUUUCAAAGUAUAUUUGUGGUAACAUGAUGAAACAUAAAGUCAUUGGGUUGUGCAUGAGUGGCUGAAUGUUACGCUAGUAAAUAAUUUAGACCAGUGCUUAGCUUUGUGCCUAAUGUGUCUAUUGAGUUAAGCCCUAAAUAAUUAAUUAGUUCACAAAAUUAAA